CACAGUUUCUUUGCAGCUUUCUGUUGCAGCUGCCGGUUGCUAUGGGAACAGGAACGGGAUGCAAACAGUCUCCAGAGCUUCCCCGGGCAGCAGCUGGGUUGCAGCCAGCCAGGUUACAGAUAAAUAUAUUUGUAAGAACUCACAGAGAAGAUGUCGGAUGAACCCAGCGAUACUCCCACAGAAACCUCUCAGGAGGUGAAGUUAUCAGAAGGUGAUGCUGAAAUGCCUAGCGAAGACACGCCGGGCGCAGAAAUUAUUCCUGUUGAGGCAGAAUUGCUCAGCCAGGCUGGCGAAGUACCAAGUGAACAAAGUCAGGAAACUUCUGAGAUCACACAAGUAACUGAAGAUGAAAGAGAAGAUGUCCAAAUUUCAACAAGCCCUUCUCCAGCCCCUUUGGAUGCUUUGAAAGUCACCAUCCUACCAACUGAAACUGCAGUUGGGGAAGAAUCAGCACAAGAAGGAAAGCAGCAGAGAGUGCCCUCGGGCACGCAGUCCAGAAGGAAGUCCAUAGGGAAAAUCUCAAAAUCCACCAGCAGGACUCAGAAAGUCAAGCCGGAGGACCAAGUGUCAAAGGAUGCCAUAAGCAAACCUUCAAAGGUGAGAGAGCAGCGUUCCUCAUCCGAAAAGGCCGUGAAAGUCCAGACUUCUGGAAAGGAAGCCAGAGAGCCUAAGAAAGAGAGUGUGGCAGACCGAAGGCCCAGUGAAGAGGAACCAGGCACUGAACUAAGCCAAGAGGAGAGACCAGAAGGAGAAAUCACAGUCCCCGGGCAUUUAGAGCAGCACUCCUUAACUUCUAGUGAUGCAAGAGAUACACCAGAAGCGGAAAUGGGGCUCCAGCAACCUAUCAGUCAGGACACUGAGGCAACCCUGGAACCUGCUGGAACAAGUCCAGAAGAGGUUGCUUCUCUGGAAAAAGAAGGCACCGUUAGCAGAACUGCUCCAGAAGAUGCUGCUCAGGAAACUGACCUCACUGACUCCGCCAAGGAAGAAAGUAUCAGUGGACAAACACCUGUGGAAGCGUCCCCCAAAGAGGGAGAGCCCUCCACACCGCACGCCCUUGACCAAACUCCCCCACCGACUGAGGAGAAAACGUCAGUCCUGUAUUCUGCCCUCCCGGGCAUGAUGUUUGACGAGAAGGCCAAGGAGGUCUCCGCACACCCACUUAAUUUAUCGUGGGUCUUUGGCUACAACAACAAACUCCCAGUUUUCAACCUAAUGGAUGAAGAUUAUAGGGUGAUUUUGUACGUUUCCUCUCACACAGCUGUGAUCCAUGACCUCCAAAGGAACAAACAAUAUCAUCUUCAGGGACACUCAAGCUGCAUAUCUUGCAUCUGCGUGAGUGAAGACCGAAGAUGGAUAGCGACCGCCGAUCGAGGUCCCGAGAGCUUGGUGAUUGUCUGGGACGGCUAUUCUGCUGUUCCUGUGCACACAAUAUUUGAUAGCCACCCAGAGGAUGGAGUCGGCGCCAUUGCAAUUUCCCACGAUUCCAGGUUUUUGGCUACCGUCGGUGCUGGGACAGUGCAGAAAGUUUGCAUCUGGAAGUGGACCUCAGCUGAAACCACGCCCGUUUGCAGCGUAGAACUCCUGCCUCAGUAUGGUUCUCAGGACUACAUUGCAUUUAGUUGCAGAAACCACUGUGAGUUGGUCAGCAACAGCACCAAGCAAGUAAUAUUCUACGUGUGGGAAGGAAGCAGUCUGCAGUGCCACGCUCCCCUCCUGACAGACAGGACAUUCAACAAGACUGUAGGAAUCUUUAGCCAGUCCCUUUUCCACUUCAGCACUGAACAAGCUAUUACAGGAACCCUGGAAGGGAAACUGGUAGUUUGGGAUGCCGUGAUCCCGCCGUCCAAGUCCAAGUCUGCUGCUUCGUACAUCAAACCCUACAACAUGAAAGCCAUCAAACUUGUGCACUUGCAGAAAGACGGGAUCACAACUCUGGCUGUCAUAGACAAAAUGAUCGUAACAUGUGACGUCAAAGCCCACAUCAAAUUCUACGAUGGAAACCUCCAGCUUCUGCAUUGGUACAGCCAGUUUAAACUGGGGCCCAUCCGGUCUAUUUCCUUCUCCAAGAAACCGGUGUGUCCUUCGGAUGCCUCGCAGUUCCCCAACGCCUCCACCUUAACAGGACAGCUGUUAAUUAUCAGGAACUUCAUCCUCUCCACAUCCGACGGGCUGGUGGUCCACGUCGGGACAGAGGGGUUGAAAGUGAGCAAGUGCCUGGAAGAGCCCAACGGCGCCGUCCAUGCCAUCGCCUGCCACCCAACCAAGCCUCUUCUGGCCAAGGGGAGCACCUGCGGGCUCCUGAAAGUGUGGGACUACAAGAUCAAUAAGUACCUCGUUAGCCGGAUCUUUAAGGGGCAGAGUAUCUGGAGCAUCUGCUACAAAUCCUCACGAUGGUCCUUGCUGGCUGUUGGGUUUACAGAUGGAACUGUCUACAUCCUGGACUCAAUAUCCUUGGAAGACGACUGUCCAGAACCUUUCAAAUACUCAAAAGGCAAAGUCAUUCAUAUGAGUUUCUCACAUGACUCCCAGUAUUUUGCAACUGCGGAUGACAACAUGGCAGUAGCCCUGUAUAAACCAAUAAUGGAAAACGAGAAGAAAGUCUGGGAGCGUCUAGCAGCCCUGCGCUCCCAUUACAAGCCCAUCCGCACCAUUCUCUUUGGAGUGCAUUUAGACAGCAAUCAGCCCCGGCUGUUAAGUCUGGGAGAAGAUCGGCUUUUGGUAGAAUAUGACUUGGAGAACAGCGUCCAAGACGAGUUGGUGGUUAUCCGAAGGGUCCGCAUGGAGCAGAGCGCGGUCCCAAAAUAUAUCACCUGGUACCCUCCUCUCAUGAUGGAAUAUUUUUUCCUGACUGCCAACGAUCAGUACAAAAUGAAGUUUUAUAACGUGACCACAAUGAUGUGCAGAAAGACUGUUCUGGGACCUACGUAUGGCUCUCCGCUGGAGAAGAUACAAGUACUUCCACUUGCAGAGGGCUGUGAUCCUGAGAAAAGGUAUCUGGCCUACAUCACAACAGACAAGAUCGGGCUGCAGAUCUUGCCUAUCGACGGGAACCCUCACAAAUCCUCCGCGUUCAUUUGCCACCCAUCAGGCGUCUCUGAUUUCAUCUGUUCCCCCGAUGGCUGCCAUAUCUUCACAUCAGGGGGCGACGACUUCACAGCAAUGAAAUGGGACAUUAAUUUAAACGUUUUGGAAGCAGCUGUUUCUCUGGGCGGGAAGGACUUGGUCCCAUUCUACAACCUACUGGAUGGUGGCCGAGAGGGCGAAUUCUUCAGGGAACUGGAAGACUAUUUUUACUAUGCACAGUUGUGUCAUCAAGGCAUCAAUACCAUGGAGCCACGAAAGGUGUCAACGCAUAUUCCCUUGGAGCAGAUUCCUUUUGUCAUGCGAGCAAUGGGAUUCUACCCGUCAGAGGAGCAGGUUGAAAGCAUGCUGAAUGAGGUCAAGUUCGGUGACUAUCUCGAGACCGGAAAGCAAGCGACUGAGAUCGACUUGGGGGACUUCAUCAAACUCUAUAUAAACCACCGGCCAGCCUUCGGGUUGUCCACCAAAGAAAUCGAGGCUGCCUUCCGAGUGCUGGGUUAUGAGGACGAGAAUCAAGAGCCAAGCAUGGGCAGGGAUGACCUCCUGCUCUGGCUGCAGCAGAAAGGAGAGCAUUUCACAGAAGAGGAGCUGGCUGAGUGCCUCACCACACUGCUGGGCAUGAACCCCGAGGGAGGGCGCCUGGAGGUGGGCGCCUACGACCCCACAGGUGCAGAAGCCUUUAUUGCGGAAGAAAUUCCAGAGGAAAUUACAGCAACACAUUUUGUGGCAGAAAUCCUGGGCUUACCCAUUCCUGAACCAGCGGUAACGAUGGAAAGCACAUCUGAUACCAGGAGCAAUGACCCAAGUCUUGAUGACCCCUAACCCACCUCAUUCUUUCUUUUGUAUUUGCUCUAACGAUCUAUUUCCUUUGAAGCAUCUGCAGAAAUUAUAUUGUCUUAUUAAAGGUGAUGCUCCAGCCACAA